GCUUGAUGGCGUUGCAGCUAAAAAUCCUCAAAUUUAUUCAAUCAAUCAAUCAAAAUCUCGUGGUAAAGCGAAUUGAAUGACGUAAUAAUACAAUACUCUUUUUUUUUUCUUUCUUUUUCUUUCGAUCAUUUGUUAUUGGGCACCAUGUGCAGCGUUGAUGGGGAUAUCGAAGAUAUAUCAAAGUUUUCUCUGAGGUUACAGAAUAAUACUGUCAUUGGAAACAGGAAUCUUCUGAAAUGUAAAAAGUGUGAUUUAAAAUCUGCAGUUCUAUUGCAAAAGAAAGACCCAUUUUGUAGGCAAUGUUUUUUUGAAUACUGUACCCACAAAUUUCGAUCAACUAUUGGAAAAUCUAAGAAAAUCAAGCAUGGAGACAAAGUUUUAUUAGCAUGUUCUGGUGGUCGAAAGUCAACUGCACUUCUACAUAUGACUAAAGAUGCUUUAGAUUCUGCAACUGCAAAACAGAUAUCAUUUGUUCCUGAAAUACUUUUUAUUGAUGAUUCUAUCACAGCACCACUAAAAGAUGAUGGAAACAAUCUUCAAGAUAUAUUAAAUGAAUUAAAAUCCUAUGGUUAUCCUGUUUUGUAUUCUUCAUUGGAAAUGGUGUGUAAACUGAAUGGGAAUCAAAAUAUAUUUUGGAACUUUGGUUCAGUUAAUGAUUUUCCAGUAUGUUCUGAUUCAAAAAAUUGUAUCCAAGAAUGUUUGCGAGACAUGCCUUUAUCUGCUAAAAUAGACUUUAUAAAACAUAUUAAAUUAUUACUAAUAACAGAUAUAGCCCAUCGUAGUGGUUUUAAUUAUGUAUUUGUUGGAGAUACUUCAUGUAGUUUGGCUGAAAACUUAUUAACUGAUAUAAAUUUAGGAAGAGGAUCACAAAUUUCUUCAGAUACAAAUUUCUGUGAUACCAGGUAUAAAGUACCAGUUUGCCGUCCUCUGAGGGAGUUUUUGAAUAAAGAAAUUGCCUUGUAUCUUCAUUUACACAAUAUCUCAUAUACUGUGUUACCUGAUUUACUUACAAAGACAGAUACCAAAUCAAGCAUUCAAAGGCUAACUGAAAGCUUUAUUACAAACCUUCAAGAAGACUUUCCUGCUACAGUCUUUACUAUCUUCAGGACUGGAGGAAAGCUCUCAAAACAAGAUGCAAUGCUGGAAAAUAAAAUCUGUUUCCUUUGCAUGUCCAAACUUGACAAUAUUAAACCUGAUCCUUGCUCAGCCCUUGAGGCUUUAAAACUUUCUGAAAAGCUCUCUCAAACUCCUGUUGAUGCAAUGCUGAACUCUGACCCUAAUGUUGUUUCUUACGGAAUGUCUUCAUCGCAAUCAAGUGAUUUUGAAAAUGGGAAUCUCUUAAAGUUCUUGUGCCAUGGUUGCUCUGUAGCCUUUCGAAACAGUAAACAAAGUUCAAAAUUCAGCCCAUUUUUGAAGCAAAUGAAAAGAAAUGAAAUGAAAGAAGGGAUAAAGGAUUUCCUUAUAAAUUCAGAAAGUGAAGUUUCAUGAUAAUGUAUUAAUUUUUUAUCGCAUGUAACAUAAAUAUUUGAAAUAAAAUUAUCAUUUAUUUUAA